ACCUCCACUCCUUCACACGCGGAGGGUCCACGCCGGGAUUGGUUUCUUUUUCUUUCUUUUUUUUUUUUUAUUAACACAAACUAAGUCAAAGCGGAGGAGGACGUCCGGACGUGUCUGCGCCCACCGACAAGGACAAGAAGAAGAAGAAGAAGAAGAAGAGGAAAGAAGAGGGGUAUAGCGGGUCUCGCCGCCAUGGAAGAGUUGACGGCGUUCGUGUCCAAGUCGUUCGAGGCGAAGAGCAAGGAGAGCAGCAAGGAGGCCAUCACUUACCGGGAAGUUCUGGAGAGCGGCUUGGCGCGGGCACGCGAGCUGGCCAGCCCCGAGCAGGGCGUGCACGACUUCACCGAGGGCGCGCACUGCCCGCUGCACGUGUUCAAGGAGCACGUGCACGAGCUGGACAAGGACAAACUCAAGGACUUUAGCGUCACGAGACCCACGGAAGGCAUCUACGAGUGCAGCAAGGACAAGAAGGAGGAGGUGAAGUCCGAGGACGAGGACGCUCAGAGCAAGCUGAAGCAGCGCCGAAGUCGCACCAACUUCACGCUGGAACAACUCAACGAGCUGGAAAGACUCUUCGACGAGACCCACUACCCUGACGCCUUCAUGCGGGAGGAACUCAGCCAGCGCCUCGGUCUCUCCGAGGCCCGCGUCCAGGUUUGGUUUCAAAACAGAAGAGCUAAAUGUCGGAAACAAGAAAACCAGAUGCACAAAGACAUCUUUCCCUUCUCUCCAGGGGUCAUCCUGGGCAGCGGCAGCCACCUGGACGCCUGCAGGGUGGCGCCCUACGUCAACAUGGGGGCCCUCCGCAUGCCCUUCCAGCAGGUCCAAGCGCAGCUCCAGCUGGACGGCGUUGCCCACUCCCACCCGCACCUGCACCCGCACCUGGCCGCCCACGCCCCCUACCUGAUGUUCCCGCCCCCUCCCUUCGGACUACCUAUCGCCUCGCUGGCCGACUCGGCCUCGGCGGCGGCGGCGGUGGCGGCGGCGGCCAAGAGCAACAGCAAGAACUCCAGCAUCGCCGACCUGCGACUCAAGGCAGGACUUCUGCGGGGCCAGUGGCUCAGUCCACUCCAGGCACAGAUCACACAGACCCGGGGACCGUACAAACACAUGUGGAUGUCCGUCUGAGGGCCGGCCACGGGGGUUAGAGGGACGGGAGGGGGCGGGGGGUGGGUGGGGGGGACACACGCCUUUGACGCCCACCCCUCAUUGCCUCUCUGUUGGCUGUAACAAACUUGAAGAAGACGCCAUGUUUGUGUGCAAGCGUGCAUGGAGGCCCUCCAGCUCGUCUCUUCCCAAGGACUUUGGCGGGGACGAAAUAGACAACCUCCAUGACGACCCCCCACACCCCCUUCUCAGACUUUCUUCUCCCUUUUCCGUUUGCUAAAGAAGUGAAGACAGCCUUUGCACUUCAGGGUGUUUACAAGAAGCAAGAUACUACUUUAUUAUUACGUUUUUUUUUUAAAAGGUACUAAUAAUAAAGCGGAGGGACAUUUGAUAUCAGCCGAAAGAAGAAAAAAGAAAAGGAUAAAGGGUAUAACCGAUUUUGUUUCAGUAUUUGGGAAAAGAACCAUGAAGGCGUCAGUCAAACUGAAAAACAAAGUGUGCAGUUUAAGUGCAAUACUGUAAAUAGUGAGGCAAAAAAAAAAAGAAAAGAAAAGUUAGUCCAUUUUGUUUCGGUUUUCUUUGACGCUGUGUAUAUUUUGUUGGAUUCCGGACAAACAAACAGGGUGCCAUGUUUCAGGGGUGUCCAGAGUGUGACCGGGGAGACAUAUUUGAUAUUGGCAGAUGUUCUGAAGAUGCAAUGAAUUCAUAUUCUUAGCUUGCACUGAUUUGCUACGUCACUUAGAACACAGCAUGUUUUGUUCCCUUAGCUUAGGGAGCUGCCGUCCACUGCAGUGGACAUUUGUGGACAUGAAAAACAGGGCUAUUUUUCCCCAAAAUGUGCAACUCUGACCAAAGAAAUAGGCCAGAAAGAAAUGUCCAUAGCAGUGGACGCCUGGGUUUUGCACAAUAAGGAUUUUCUUUACCAGAAAAUGUGCAACUCUGCAGAAGGAAAUAGGCCGGAAAGAAAUGUCCAUAGCAGUGGACGUCUGGGUUUUGCAUAACAGGGCUAGUUUCUCCCGCCAAAUGUGCAACUCUGACAAAAGAAAUAAGCCGUAAACAAAUGUCCACUGCAGUGGACGUCUGGGUUUUGCAUAACAUGGCUAUUUUUCCCCAAAUUGUGCAACUCUGACAAAUGAAAUAGGCCGGGAACAAAUGUCCACUGCAGUGGACGUCUGGGUUUUGCAUAACAGGGCUAUUAUUUUCUCCCAAAAUGUGAAAGUCUGCCAAAAGAAAUUGACCAAAAACAAAUGUCCAGUGCAAUGGACAUUAAUAGACAUGAAUAACAGGGUUAGUUUUUGACCAAAUGGACCAAAAACAAGUGUCCACUGCAGUGGACGUUUGUGUUUUGCAUAGAAAGACUAUUACCCCCCUGAAUUCUAAAACUCUGUUAGAAAUAAAACCCAAAACAAAUGUCCACUGCAAUGGACAUUCAUGGACAUGAAUAACAGGGUUCGUUAUCCCCCCAAAAUGUGUAACUUUGAAAGAAUAGACCUAAACAAAUGCCCACUGCAGUGGACGCUUGUGUUUUGCAUAGGACCAUUUACCCCCUGAAUUCCAAAAUUCUGACAAAAUAAAUAAACCAAAAACAAAUGUCCACUGCAAUGGACAUUUAUAGAUAUAAAUGAAUAACAGGGUUAGUUUUCUCCCAAAAUGUGUAACUUUGACAAAAUAGACCAACACAAAUGUCAACUGUAGUGGACUUGGAUUUUGCAUAACAAGGCUAUUUUUCCCCCAGAAAUGUAAAACGCUGCCAAAAAAAAUAAAUAGACAAAUGUCCACAUCAAUGGACAUUUAUAGACAUGACUAAUGGGGUUAGUUUUCUCCAAAACUGUGUACGUUUGACAAAAUAGACCAAAACAAAUGUCCACUGCAGUGGACGUUUGUGUUUUGCAUUGCAAGACGAUUCCCCCCCCCCCUGAAUUCUAAAACACUGUUAAAAGAAAUAGACCCAAAACAAAUGUCCACUGCAAUGGACAUUUAUAGACAUGACUAAUGGGGUUAGUUUUCUCCCAAACUUUGUACAUUUGACAAAAUAGACCAAAACAAAUGUCCACUGCAGUGGACGUUUGUGUUUUGCAUAGCAAGACGAUUUUUUUCCCCCCUGAAUUCUAAAACACUGUUAAAAGAAAUUGACCCAAAACAAAUGUCCACUGUAAUGGACAUUUAUAGACAUGACUAAUGGGGUUAGUUUUCUCCCAAACUUUGUACAUUUGACAAAAUAGACCAAAACAAAUGUCCACUGCAGUGGACGUUUGUGUUUUGCAUAGCAAGACCAUUUCCAUCCUGAAUUCUAAAACACUGUCAAAAGAAAUUGACCCAAAACAGAUGUCCACUGUAAUGGACAUUUAUAGACAUGAAUAAGAGGGCUAUUUACCCCCCAAAUGUGUAACUUUCACAAAGUAGACCAAAAAGCAAAUGUCCACUGUAGUGGACGCUAGCUCGCAUGUCAUUUUUCAGUAAGUGACUCCCUGGGUGGGCGAGCUUUGGACACCCCUGUUGUACAGGAAGUUUUGCAGGUUUCUACAGAGAAUAUUAAAAGAAUUGUUCAUCCCAACUAAGCCAACGAUUAGCUUUAUCUGCAUGUUGUGUGUGACACUCAUCUCUCUUUUCUAAUCCCCAUCAUCUAAACCUUUGUUUAAACUGCUGUGUUGUUUUCUAUGUCCCUUUGGGAGGUCCACAAGCUCUGCCCACUUUCUGUUACUCACCCUCAUUUUUACCGUGUCUCCAUUUUUUAAAUUAAACAUAUGCGUGUUUUAUUUAUUACUAUUUUGUCUGAAAGUUUAUGAAGUAAGAAUUUUUUUUUUCUUUUUACAUUGUUUUGUAUGUUUUUGAAGUUUUGUUUUGUUUCCUAAAGUGGGAAAGGAAAGAAGGAAGAAAAAAAAAACAAAGAAGAGAAAUGUAGCGUGUCCAAGUUUACAAAUGUUUCAGGGAUGGUUUGAAUUUUUAUCGAGGUUUCCGUGGAAUUUGUUGUAGCCACGCUUAUCAUUUCAGGCAUGCUUAAACAUCAACCAUCGUAACGGUUUGUUUGUUUGGCCCUUCAAGACCCCUACCCCCCAUCCCCUUUUUGAAGUCACAAAACAUGAAUGUACAUCUUGUACAAGUAAACUAUCAAUAAAGUUAUAAAUAUUUGUA